CGCCGCCCCGCUCUCAUCUUCCCUCAGCCGGCGUUCGUCAUGCUGCCAGAUAGAGACGCCUGUGGGACAAAAUGACAGCUGACAAGGACAAGAGGAGGGCGAUCAGCCGAGAGGCGGCCAGACGGAGACGGAAAGUGGAGUCCGAUAAGUUCGAGGAGCUGUCCGGCCUCCUGCCGCUGCCGCCCUCCGUCCGCUCCCACCUGGACAAGCCCUCCAUCAUUCGCCUGACGCUCAGUUACAUGCGCAUUCACACACUGCUCAAAGAAAAUUCAGGAUUCAUUGCGCAGUGCAGACAUAGAGUGAAACCUCAGCAUGCGGUGAAAGCUGGAGGGAACAGUGACCCGGAGCCCAGAGAGUCUCAGGACUUGGGGCUGCUGGAUGAGAGCAGCCUGUACAUGAGGAUCCUGGAGGGCUUCCUCAUGGUCUUGUCCUCCGACGGGAACAUGGUCUUCCUCUCUGACAACGUCAACAAGUACAUGGGCCUGACGCAGACUGAGCUGAUGGGACACAACAUCUUUGAGUACGCUCAUCCCUGCGAUCAUGAAGAAAUCAAACAUAAUCUACGAGUCACUGCAGAGGGAGUUUGCUGUGGUGAGAGGAGGGACUUUGUCGUGAGGAUGAAAAGCGCCCUGACCCAACGGGGGAGAAGCGCCACCCUCAAGUCUGCUACGUGGAAGGUCCUGCACUGUCAGGGCAGAGUGAACGUCUGUGUGUUCCGCUCCUCGAUUUCCUGCCUGCUCUUGACCUGCCGACCCCUGCCCCUGCCACACACGCUCCUUAAUGCACACACCUUCACCAGCCAGCACAGCAUGGACAUGAAGUUCAUCUACUGCGACCAGAGCGUGACUUGUCUUUUAGGCUACAGCCCACAGGAACUGCUGGGCCGUUCCGUCUACGAUUUCUGUCACACGCUGGAUGCAACCUGCUUGCAGAAAAGUCACUUCAACUUGUGCUGGAAGACUCAGUCAGUCAGCGGUCAGUACAGGAUGCUGGUGAAAGGUGGAGGCUACGUCUGGGUGGAGAGUCACAGCGCCGUCAUCCCCUCCAAGUCCAGACCCGCCGCCCACCAGCCUGUCCUGAUCUUCAGUAUCACCUAUGUCCUCAGUGGCGUGGAGGAGCCGCUGCUGCAGCUGUCUGUGGACCAGACCAGACCGUACUCCAAGUGACACAGUCUGAAGAAAACCCAGCAGAGCCCAGCUUCCUCCUGUGAAUUUCUAUCUUCUAUUUUUAUAAAUGUAACUUGUAAUAAAUA